AUGGAUUUUUUAUUAGUGAAAUGGUCAAGUGAUCAUCAAUCAGAUGAUUUUUUGUUAGUUACUCUUUUAACUGAAGAAAUUCCUACUGUAGAAAAAAGAAAAUAUCUGGCUUAUAAGAUAUUUAAAAAUUGGAAAUGUUCUUUUUGCAAACAAUGUGAUGAAACUUUCGAUCACAUGUGGACUUGCGAAUCAUGUGCUAGUGAAUUGGACAAUAUUAUUCAAGAAACAAAAGAAUUUUUUGAAGGAGCUUGUAACUCUUUGUUGAUUAAUGCAGAUAAAGAUCCUAUAAUUGAUGAUAAGCUUGUUAAUAAAAUGACUUUUUGGGAUCGUACCUACAGUGAAAUGAAAAUUACCUUUAUAGAUUUAAUUAAAGGAAUAAUCUCUUGUGAGUUAUCAGCAUACACGUCCUUAAUUUUUGAAAAUCAAAAUUUACAAGAAAAAUUCUUAGUUUUAUUAAGGAAUUUUAUUUUUGAAAAAGUUAGAGUUUUUGGAUUGAUAGAUGUUUAA